GGAAAAAAAUAAUUAUCAUGUUUUAAAUAAAUAAAUAAAUAAAUAAACCAUGCCCUAGCAGUUUUCGCGUCUUCAGCCGCUUUCUUUUAUUAUCUUACAGGGGAUCGAACUUGAAGUUCAAAUAUAGUUUUAGCUUUGCGUUUCUUCAUCAGUUAAGCAAUCUGAAAAGAUGCAGAACGAAGAGGGGCAAAACAUGGAUCUUUAUAUCCCCAGGAAAUGUUCCGCCACUAACAGGCUUAUAACCUCCAAGGAUCAUGCAUCCGUUCAGAUUAACGUUGGGCACUUGGAUGAGCUUGGCAGAUACACUGGCACAUUCUCCACUUUUGCUCUUUGUGGCUUUGUUCGAGCCCAGGGCGAUGCCGAUAGCGCACUCGACAGGCUUUGGCAGAAGAAGAAAGCCGAAGUCCGACAGUAGUCAGAGGACUUGUUAUUACUAGUUUGUUUCUUAACUUAGGAGAGGGAAAAUGAGUUGUAGUUUCUUUUGGUGGAUCAUAUUAAAGUUGUUUUUUUGUUGAAUGGAUUAUGUUUUGUGCUUA